AUGCCCCCAGCUAGAGUAGGAGCACUCACAGCAAAGAUGGAGAAACAGGAGACACUCGAGUAUUUUGGCGCGACAACAUUUCGGCUUCAGGUCGCAGGGCUUACCAUAUUCCACGAUGCAUGGCUUAGCCGGCCUUCAUUGCUCCCACAGUUCGUUGAUAUCAAUGAGGUAACAGAGGCGGAUUACAUCCUGAUCUCGCAUGCCCAUUUUGAUCACCUACCAGGCGCCGACAUCAUAGCGAAAGCCACCGGCGCCACGAUCAUUGCAAACUGCGAAGCCAUCAACCGCCUCCGCGAGGCCGGCGUCCCGGACACACAGCUCCUCCCCGUCUCCGGCGGCGAGCGUAUCCCGCUGUUUACAAAGGAGGUUCGCAUGGCUGCUGCUGCUGCUGCUGGCGGUAUCACUAGCAUCACCCUCCGGCAAGGAGACCCGCCCACCGCACCCCGAGAACCACACCAUAGACUCGCAGUUACAGAAGCGCACAUCUGGCCGAGCCUACACUGCCUCAUGCCCCCAGGCGGCCACGAUGCGUUGCCUGAUGUUCUUGACUCCGGUAGUGUGUAUGAAGGAGACACGACGCCUUUUGACGGGACGGUAGACAUAACCCGGGGAAUGAAGUACGGGCUGUUUAAACUCAGAGAGCUAGUCCCUGCAGCGGCGCUGGCAGAUGAAAAGAUGCGCUGUUUUAUCGAGUGGAUUGAGGAUCGUGGGCCGGGGAGGAAUGUCAUGUCUGCUUGUGAUGGGGGGCAGCUCAUGUUUCAUGUGUUGAAGAGAGGUAUUGAACACGACGGGGAUGGAGGAAUCCUGUUUAAUGCGCAUCUCGGGGCGUAUGAGGGGAUUGCUAAGAUGAUCCGGCCGCAGCCAGACCUUGUCGUGCAGGGCAUUGCCGGGAGAGCGAAUCUCAAUGGCAGGCCGUUCGAUGGGUCUGCUGCGGAGUUUGCGGCGGAACUGAUGAGUUGGUUCGGGGAGCCGGAGAGAGUGAUUUGGUGCUUGCAUGACGAAUGCCUUAUAAAGCCAUACAGGGUUGAUACGACCGCAGCCAGCAGGGCCGUGGAAUCAACGACGAGGACGCGGGUUGUGGAUUUGGCCCCUGGGAAGCCCUAUGCUUUGUCCCAGUCUUGA